GUAAGGGAUACUUGUAAAGAUGUUUUGAAAUAUCGUACGACAGAGGAUGAAAAUGCUGCUAUCAGUAGAGGGAAGCGAUUGGUAAGAAGUGCGCUAAGAAGUGAGGACCUUGACCCAUGUCCACUAUCACUCAGUAUCAAUCGUACUAUGUUUCCCUACUCCCGUCCCGCUAUCCUACGUAUUACAGCCACCGCCACAACAAUUCAGCCUCUUCUAUCCGCUCCUCUUCUGUCGCGCCAUUGUAUUAUUAUCGGUCGUCAAUUAAAACAGCUAAUAACUUUUCCCGUUGUUCUCUUUCUAAUUCUGUAA